AUGUCAGGCGUCUUCAGCAAGCUCAUGGCCUACCUCUCCCCAACGCCAGAGAAGCCAACAUUCCGAAUCACCGCACUCGUCGCACCCGCAACGUCACAACAAUACUUCUCCGACUCCAGCUUCUCACACGCCGACCUGAUUGCCUCUGGAUGCGAAUGCAAAGCAGUAUACCUGAAGGAGCACUACGUUAUCGAGUGGGCAGCGGGCAGUAUCAUGGAGAACGAAGAGGUGGAGAUUGGAGGGGAAACUGUGCGCAGGGAGAAAAGGGGGCGGCCUAAGAUUUGGGAGGGUUGGUGCAAGGAUGGUGGAAUGGUUUAUUUGAGCCCUACGGAAAGGCUGAGGUGUAUUGAGGGCUAUGACGAGCAUGUGAGAGCGGAGAGGGAGAGUGAUCGGUUGAAGAAGGCGAAUUCAUUCUAG